GUCGUAGCCGGAGAGCUUCGGGGAAAAGUGGGUAGCGCCGCCUGACGGACCGCCCGACCAACCGGGCAGCCGCUGUCAGGAAACCGCGGUGUCGAGAAACAGGUCUGCAAUAUCAGAGGGAGCGCCGCCAACAGCUCUCCAUAUGCCAUCACACUGUAAACAAAGAUAUGGAUCACAUUUUUGAGGAAAAUGAGACACUAAUUAGUUAGUUUCUGUUGAGUAGUGGUCCUGUCGUUAGCAGUAGAGGGCCUUCAUUUGGCUGACGGCUGGAAAUUGCGAUGUUUGUCCGCAGGGUUGUUCCAUAAUGUACCUGUGUGAGCACUGCUGGGUUUUCUCAUUGUAAAAAAAAAAAAAAGGCAAAUGUGUGCUCUUAUACUGGCCUUCUGGAUGAAAAAAAGUAGUCUCCAUUUAUUGGACGCAGCAGUGAAGUUUCACUUUAACACUCAUCAACCUAAGUCACAUAUCCCCUUUCAUGAUACGCUUACAAUCUACAUAAGGCAGCACAUACAUUCACCCAGACACACAGUGCCAGCAUGGCGGAGCAGCAGGAGGAGGCAGAGGGGGUUUAUGUGGAGCACCAGUAUAUGUGCAGUGAGUGCCACCAGCUCUUCAACACCCUUGAGGAAGUGUUGAUCCACCAGCAGAUCCACACCGGCCAAGAGGGAGAGGGGGAUGGAGAAGGGGAGGUAGGCGAGGGCAUGACCAUCCAGGGUGUCCCAGAGAUGGGGCAAACCCAGCAGUACCAGUGUCUGGAGUGUGGGACCCUCCUCAUGAACCCGGAGGAGCUGCUGCAGCACCAGGAGAUGCACAUGAGGGAGGCUGGGAUGGAGGUGGAGCAACAAGAGCUGUGCGAGGUCCUGGAGACAGAGGACGCCGGGUCCGAGGCUCAUGUGUCGGGACCGGUCCAAUACCAGUGUCUUGAUUGUCUGGCCUUGUUUGACUCACCCGAGACCUGGCUGGAGCACCGGCGGACCCACAGCAGGAGCAGCACACACAGUAACACAGAGACCACGGAGUACGUGCUACAGCCCGAUGGCACCGUCACUCCACUCAACAGUAUGCAGAACUACGUGCUGAGUGAGCAGCAGGCUGGGGAGAUCUUGGCACAGGUACUUGCCCAGCAGCAUCAACAACAACAGAAGAAAUGUCAGUCCGUCUCUAAGGCUGCUGCACCCUCCCGCUCCUUCCUGCUGCCCCCUGUGACACCGACCCCCGGCUCCGCCACCAUGCACCUGCAGAUUCUCACGGCUCAGGCCCUGGCAGACAACUCCAUCGCUCCGAGUCAGCGCCGCUCCAAGCUGCCCCCUCUUUUGCCUGCUGUCGGCCGAGGCUCCUCAGCAAAGCUGGGAGUUCUGGAGAACGGUGUCCAAAGACUGGAGUUAAAGUUGGCCCCCACUGUCCAGGAGGAGCAGCAGCAGCAGCAGCCAACAGAGGUGGUGGUCAUCCACCCUUACGAGUGCUCAGAGUGCUCCCUUCUCUUCCAAACCCCAGAGGACUUCCUCCAGCACCAGGGGGAGCACUUCCUGGGCCAGGAUAAAGAAAGUGGAGAGUCAGGGGUCAUGAGUGGCUUUGAGGAGGUGCGAGGGAGGGAAGAGACUACUGAGAAGGUGGAGGAAAUUAAGUUUAGAGUGGCAGAGAAGAAAGAAACAGUCUGGGCCAAGCCACAACAGUGUGAGCUCUGCAACCGCACCUUCACCUCUGUCAACCGGCUGGCUGCUCACAAACGUGUUCACGAGCAGGGCACGCAUGAAUGCCCAGAGUGUGGCAAGGUGUUCAAGAAGGCAACAUCGCUGCAGACGCACAUGCGCACACACUCCGGUGUGGCCAGGUACCUGUGUGUGGACUGUGGCAAUGGCUUCACCACUGAGAUGACGCUCAUCAUGCACAGGAAGUCUCACACUGCAGACCCCCUUCACAAGUGUCAGUUCUGCAACAAAACCUUCACCAACAUGACCAAGUACCUGUACCACCGUCGAACCCACCUGAACCGUGAAACAUCUGGCACACCCGCCGCUGCCUCUAUGGUCUCAGCUCCAAGAAGAGCAUCUCCCUCUGCCCUUGCCAUCCUACAGAGAGCAAAAGAAAAGAGGAAUUCCCACACUGAGGAAAAAACCAACCUGUUGGCCCCUCUCACAGAGGAAGAGAUGGAAAACCUGGGAGAAGAUCCAAUACAAAGUUCUCAGAUUAAAGUGGAAGGAGGUGAAGUGGAGAGGCAGGGGGAGGACAGCAACAUGGAGGUGUUGGCCCCACUUGAAGGUAACACUGAUGACCCCCAGCAGGUGGAGGAUGCCACCAAGUCUGGCUUAGCUGGAGACCCUGCUCCCCUGGAUGACACUGAUGCAGGCGUCAUGUCUGGCUCCACUGGCUCAACAGAAGCUGCUUCAGCUGCGUCAUCAGACAAAGGGCCUUUUUCCUGUCGUUCAUGCUGGAAGACCUUUCCCUCCCAGCUGCAGCUAGUUCAACAUCGACGCAAGUCCCACGUCACUGAGCGCAGCUUUGUCUGUGGAAUCUGUGGCAAGUCCUUUAAGAAGCAGAUCCACGUGCGCAACCACAUACGAACACAUACUGGCGAGAGGCCCUUUCAGUGUUCUGACUGCGGAAAAACCUUCUCAUCUCUAGCCAAUCUAAUGAGGCACAGCCUCAUCCACUCUGGUGUGCGCCCAUACCGCUGUGAUGUCUGCCACCGCUCCUUCUCACAGUCCUCCAACCUCCGUCAGCACAGCCUGCUGCACUCCAACGCUGCAACUCUGUGCUGCCCUGACUGUCCCGCCACCUUUCGCUGGCCCACCAAGUUAGCAGCACAUCGCUACACCCAGCACCCAGGGGCUCCGGCCCCUUUCCCCUGUCCUCACUGUGAGGCUGGCUUCCUGAGCAGGAGGCAACGAGACAGCCACUGCCUGGAGCAGCACCCCACUCUGGUGCAGGCUGGUACAGGGAUAGAAGUGGCCAAAGAGACCCACAACCCAGCCGAGCUGGGCAAAGACCCGACCUCAGAGCCCUCCACCUCGACCGCAGUAGAGACUGAAUCAGGGGAUUCAACCAGUCUCGUGCGGGGGGGUCUAGAUUGCAACAUCUGUGGGAAGAAGCUGAAUUCUCCUGCCAAUCUGCGUCUUCACAGACUGAGCCAUUUCGCCUUAGGCCCAGGGCGGCCACGGUGCGCCUCGGGGAAGCGGCCUAAAGCGCACCAGUGUCCCGUCUGUGGAAAACUGUUUGUGUCCUCCUCCGGAGUUGCACUUCACCAGCGAGUCCACACUGGUGAGCGUCCGUUUCCCUGCCAAGUGUGCGGCAAGCGCUUCCGUCAAAACACACACCUGCGAGAGCACCUGCGCACACACUCGGGUGAACGUCCAUUUCGCUGUGAAGUGUGCGGAAAGGGUUUCAUUCAGAGUAUGCACCUGGCUGAACACCGUCGCACACACACGGGCGAACGGCCGCACGUUUGUCCUCUGUGUGGCAAAGCCUUCAAGACCUUCUCCAACCUGAGGAACCACAAAAAGACCCAUGCCAGGCAGCAGAGGCUGGAUGAGGAAGCUGCUGCUCGAGCGGCCAUGGAGACCAGCUCUGCUGUGGCAGUGGUGGACGCUUCGGCAGUGGAACUAGCUAACGGGCAGCCUCAGCUCAUCCAGAUCCAAGCCUCAGAUCUUCAGCAGGCACAGGGCACUCCUACUAUCAUGUGUAAUGAGUUUGGGGAGACCAUCGCCAUCAUUGAGACGAGCGAGGGAGGAGCGCUGCCUCUGGAGCAGGCCUUGGAAAUCUACCACACAGCUUUAGAGAACGGCCUUGCCAUGGACGCAGUCGCUGUGGAUGGACUGCAGCUCCUCUGAGGACUAGUACAAGACAGGAAAAACUAGAGUUAAUUCUUUGGAGCUAUUGCUGAACUGAUGAGUCCAAUACUAGUCUUAAUACCGACUGAAACAAAGACUAAUUGACUACUGUGAAGUUGAGAAUUCAGUUGAGUAGUAAUUUACUGGAACCAUAAUGCUGAAAUGACAAAAUGCAUAUUAUGUUCAGCAAAAACGCCAAAGAUUGUCAGCUUCACUUUUUUACAAAGCUGUGAGAGGGAUCAGUCUUAAAAUGUAUUGAAAUGAUGCAUACUAAAAUUAAGAAUAUGGCAUUUGUUAUAAUUAAGGACCAUUGGUUGUGCCUCAUGACAUUUGUAUGAUUAAUUUUAUCAUUUGAGAUGGAUGUGAUUUUUCUUUUGUUUAAAGGUUUGGUCCUAAUUUUGAAACAAAGUAUUCUGUUGUAAAUAGGUGAAAUCAAUAAAUGUUUUUUUUCAAGAUGA